AGUUAAAGGGGAAUCACAGGGGAAUCUCUAGAGUUUGGGCCUGGAGGACAGACCGCUGCCUCAACCCACCCCCAAAUCUCAGCAUGGGGGCCUCCUAUGGCAAGAAGAAGGCGUACAACAUUGAGCAGCAGAGUGUGAAAAAUGGAAAACACAUGAAUGGAGUGGCUUCAGCAUACGCCGAUAUCCAAUGGGAACAGCCCCAUCAACCGAAAAACCCAGAUCCAUUUGGUUACCCUCAUCGCGAAAUCCCCCCGCUGGCCAGUUACGCACCUCAGCCUGAUUACAUGACAGGGGACGAUGAUCUCAUCAAACCCAAAAAGCUGAUUAAUCCAGUGAAAGCCUCUAAAAGCCACCAGGAGCUUCAUCGGGAGUUGCUGUUGAACCAUAAAAGAGGUGCUGGUGUGGAGAAUAAAUCUGAACUGCAGCGUGUGCUGGAGCAAAGGAAGCGAGAGCAGAUGAUAAAGCAGAGAAAGCUAGAGGAGGAGGCCAGGAGGAAGAUCUCUCCACUGGAACAGGAGCUUCUCAAAAGACAGCAGAAACUAGAGGAGUUGGAGAAGGAGCAAGAAAAGCUUGAGGAAGACAACUGCAAUGCGCCGGAGUUUGUUAAAGUGAAGGAGAACCUGAGACGAACGUCAUUUACAAGUUCUGGAGAAAAGGAGGUGUAAACAGACUGGAUGUAUACGUGUGUGUUUGUGCACAGCCAGUAACAUAGAGACCUGCUGCAGCUCCUAAACAACAUCAACACGACUGCGCUUUUCGGUUUCCAGUCUCACACCAACCAUAUCUUCAUCCCCGGCAGGUUCAGAGAGGCCAGAGAUGAGGACCAAAAAACCCAAAAAGAGCCUCUGCAGCAUCAGAAUGUAAAGCUCGAAGGGGUUUUUGGGAGACUGUAUUGUUCUGGGAUGGACCGGAUGGAUUAAAGAUGAACUGUCCAGGGAUGCGUUUCCUAAACAGUGACGUAACUCACAGCUGAACUACUAUAGUAUGAUGCAUCGUUUGGGAAAUGAACGAUGUAGUGACGAGUGUUUCCCAAAACCGUAGGUGCAGUGUCGCACUGUCCGUCAUUUGAACCCUGUUAGUUAUAACGUAAAAGGUCCGUUAUGAUGCUCUAAAUGGGGCAGAAUAACAACUUUUUUUAACAUCUUUUAUUAAAUCCAAUUUUAGUUUUAGUGCUGGGCAAAGAUUAAUCAUGAUUAAUCG